UGCGCUUUUUGUUUUUGUUUAUAAAGAAAAAUAAUAAGAGAAUUGUGAAUUAAAUGUUAAAAUCAUGGCGUCCAGCAUGUGAGGACUAGAGCAAAAAAAUGUAUGCAAAGCUCCUCCUACCGCUCCUUGUUGGCAGCAUUGCUUUUGUCGUCCAAUUGCAGCAACCACAGCUGCAGGUGCAGGCCCAGACCCAUGUCCAGGCGGUGGGGCUGUGUCCCAAGCGUUGCAGUUGCAAGAACAUUUCGGAAAACAUUCAAUCGCUUCGUGUGCGUUGCGAUGAUCAGCAUAUUGUCAACUGGAAGGAGCUAAGCUUCGGAGAUGAGGCCCAGAUUAUAGUUAGCAUUAAUGCCAGCAAAAAUGCCAUAGCCCAUAUUGAUGCAGAUGAUUUCAAGAAUUUUACGGAGCUGAAACGUUUGGAUUUAUCCUCGAAUCUAUUGACUGAGCUGGACAAUGAGACUUUUGGUGGCAGUUUGGCAAAUGUGGAGCGACUGAAAUUGGCCAAUAAUACCAUAAGUCACAUUUAUGAGGGAGCAUUUGAAUUAAUGCCCAAGCUGAAGCAACUUGAUUUGUCUAAUAAUCCCUUGGCCUGCGAUUGUGGAUUAAUUUGGUUAAUUGCCUGGUCCAAUGCCAGAGAUGUGCGACUUCAGCCGGCACCUAAAUGUGAAUCUCCAGUAGUAUUUCGUGGAAUGCCGCUCAAGAAGCUUAAGGUGGGCAACGAUUUCCACUGUGAAUCCCAAUUGCAGCCGCUGCUCGAGCUAGAGCCAAGCCAGAAUCAAGUUGCCUUUGAGGGCGAUGAAUUGCAAUUGAAAUGCUUUGCUCCUCGUGUGGCUGUGGGAGCGCCCAGAGAGUCUGAAGAUUUACCCACACGAGCCUAUGUCUUUUGGGGCUGGUCAGAUCGUAUACGCAGCCGAAACUCUACUGAAGAUAUUAUCUACAGGGAUCCAACGAAAAUAUUUCCCGAUGUCAAUCUGGAAACACGGCAUUCCACGGACUCGGGCAUUCUUAAAUCAAUACUUCGCAUCUCGAGUCUAACACAGAAUCACACAGGUAUGUGGGAUUGUACUCUCCGGUCCCAGCAAGCGAAUCUCUCGCAAUCAAUUGUUCUCCAUGUGGUGGCUAAGGACACAUUGUACUGUGAAGCCAAAGUGGUACACACCAAUAAGGGUGUCUAUCACUGGCCACGCACGAUGCGCGGCGAAACUGUGGUGCAAGAGUGCGUAGAGGAACCGACCGAUGUGGCAGAGCAUCGAAGAGCCUCACAUGAGUGCAGUCCGGCCGGCGAAUGGCUGAAUCUCAAUACCGAGAGCUGUGUCUAUGUAAGUGAGACUACUCGUAUUCUGGAGCAAUUCGCUAAGGUCAAUCUAACGCUGACCAAAGGCCAAAAUGCAUUAGAGAUUGCUCGUCGAUUACAUAACUUCACCCAAAUGCAGACGCAAUUGCAUAAGAUCCGUGAUCCUAUGGAUUUGGAGUAUAUAGCUCGAACGCUUAUCAAAUAUCUAGAUCAAUCCAUGGAGAUGCAGGAGAUAAGUUCUCUGCUCUUGGACAUCGUGUCGCAGUUAAUGAAUUUGCCCAGUCAGCUGUUUCAACAAGCUCAGCGGGAGCAAGGGUCAGGUCAGAAGCUUCUACGUGUCGUAGAGAUCUCCUCCAUGCGUAUACAAGAGGAACAGCAACAAUAUGCAGAUGGUAUUGCUCCACCCUAUAACUGGCAGCCACGUAAUAUAUUUGUCGAAUUCUUCAACAUUAGCCUGGAAUCGUUUUCCAGUUUGUCGUGCGUUUGGUUGGAAGAGCAACCCAGCCCCCGGGGAUUUCAAUGCAAUAGCUCUAAUGAUACCAUACCCAUGUAUGAGCUGGGCGAUAUCGAUGCAGCGAUUCAAUUGCCCUAUAAUGCCAUUGCCAGCAAUGUGUCCCUCAAUUUUAAUGGCAGUCCGAAGCAUUUACGUUUGAUGUUCGCUUUGCAUAGGAAUGGCAAAUUGUUGCCUCAACUGAAGGAUAAUGAAUCUCUAUCAUCGGCCAUAAUAGGAGCUGCCGUGUAUGGGCAUGAAGGAUUAAUACAUUCUCUGGAGACACCAGGAAAUGGGGCCCCAUCGGAUUUCGAAGAGGAUAUCUAUCAGCAACGUAUAACCAUUAUGCUACGAGCUCAUCCGUAUCACAGUGAAGUGAGUGCUCCACGGCCUGCUUGGUGGGAUCCAGAGUUACAGCAAUGGAAUCCUCAGGUAUGCCAACAGCAUUAUCAACAUCGCACUCUGGUGAUGUUCAGCUGUAAUCGGCUGGGUUACUUUGGACUGCUGCAGAGUAGAGCACAUUUAAAUGAUUUUCGCAGCGAGGAGGCCGGUGCUCGUUUCCAUCACCCGCCAAUGGCCAUCUAUGCUGGGUGUUCGGUAUUAUUCGCCUGCCUUGCAUUUAACAUUGUCACCUUUGUGGUUUUUGGCUAUGCCAUCAGAAUCAAUCGUGAGCAGAGACAUGCUCUGGUCAAUACGUGGUUAGCUCUGGCCGCUCUCACAUUGAUCUUUGUUUUGGGCAUCUAUCAGACAGCCAGUCAGAUGCAUUGUCGUUUCUUUGGCCUUAUGAUGCACUACCUUAGUCUGUGUGUACUGUUGUGGGUGAGCGUUAGCCUGAGCAGUAUGUACAAAAGAUUAACCAAGGGCACUUCGAUAUCGAGCCAGGGCGGCGAGUCUGUCGAUGCGGCAGCUGCAAUGACGCCGCAACAAAGACAACGAAAACCCAUAUUGGGUAUCUAUCUGGUGGGCUGGGGCAUUGCCUUGCUCAUCUGUGGCAUUAGCAGUGCCGUCAAUCUGGCCGAAUAUGCGGCCUAUAGUUUCUGCUUCCUUCAUAGUGCAACCACAAUGAAUGCGGUUCUUGUGCCCGCAAGUAUUCUCUUGAUUUUUUGUGGAAUACUCGCCUUGUGCAUUUACUAUCAACUUAGCCAACAAGCUGUGAAUGUUUUGCAGUUGCAACAGCAUCAGAAUCAUCAUCAACAACAUCUCCAGCAACGUCAAUAUACACAGGCCACCGAGCAUAUUGAUUUGGAUUGGCUAGAUGCCAAUGGAAGUGCCCGCAAAGAUCUGGCCAGUAGUCUGCAUUUGCAGCAGCAACAGCUGCAGGAGCAAUACAGCACAUUAAGUAAUCCAUUGAGCAGCAUUGUCGAUGAUUAUGAGCGUUCCAAUAUGUCACAUCUUCGUGGACAUUUUAUAUUUCUUGUCCUCUAUGCAAUUGCCUGGAUAUCGGCUGCCCUUUAUGUGCAAAGUGCUGGCCAAGAGCAAAUAUUUGUUGUAAGCUUUCUAUGCGCUUGCGUGUGUCUUGGUCUGUUCCUUCUGGUCUUUUACAAUAUGAGUCGCAUGGAUGCACGUCAGGCUUGGGCACAGCACAGCCAAAGGCAACAGAGACGUCGUCAGGCCAAGCAUCAGAUUAUGUCCAUGUCGUAUAACAACACCAACACUGUGGGCAGCAGUCAACGCAGAUGUUCGCCAAGUCAAGCCGGAGCAAUGAUCAGUAAUUCCAUAGUGGCUUAUAAAGCAAAUCCCGGACCUGGAGCUGGUGGCAGUUUAUAUGAGGCAGCCAAUAAUUCGGCUGGUUCUCGUUCCAAUAGUCAAUGUUCGCGUAGCAUGCGCAGUCAGACAAGAAGUCAAACGAGAAGUCAGCAGCAGCAGCAACAGGAACAUCAGCUCCUAGGUGGUGUGCCACCACCUGGUAGUGGUGGUGGCGGUGUGACCAUUAUCAACAACACCAAUUCCACAAAUCAACAGAAUGUUGUGGUGCCGCCUCAUAGCCUAAAUGCCUUGAUGCAUGGCUCGCAGCAUGAUUUGAUACCAUCGGCGGAAAUCUUCUAUAAUCCCAAUCAAAUCAAUGUGGCCCGCAAGUUCUUUAAGAAGCAAAAACGAUUGGCCAAACGGAACAAUUUCGAAUUGCAGCGUCAGACCAUGCCGCAGCAUAUGCAGCAAAUGCAGAGCCAUCACAGUCUAAGCGAUGCCAGCUCGGAGCAAUUGUAUAGUCGUCAUCAUAAUGCCAUGACCCUGCUAGCUGGCGGUAGCAAAGUGAAUAACACCAAUUUGCAUUACAAACCACAGCAGACGCCUCCAGGUGGUUCCAAUCUUCAUUUGAUGCCCAAUAAAAUGGAAAACGUCAAUACUGAAUCUUUGCAGUUCAAGAGAUUUGUCCCAGCCACAAAGAUUAUGCAGGCCAAUAUCUAUACGAAUAUACCAGAGACUCUAACGCCUCAGCAUGAGGUCAUCAAACUGAGAAACAGAACCCGUACACCCUCCCUGCUAGAUGAAACGCUGCACGAACAGGAUGACGACGACGAUGAGGUCGACGAAGAAGAUGACGAUGAUGAGGAGGUGGAAGUAGAAGUCGCUGUUGUCGAGGAGGAAGAGGAGGAAAUAAUCGAAGAACUGGGACAUGGAGAGAAUGAUAUCGAUGAUGCCAGCUCCCUGGAUGAGCAUGCUCCAUUGUAUGCGAAUACUGUUGCCACAGCUGGCUCGAAUCUACUAUUCUCUGGACAAGAUCGUGGGCCUAUAAGUAGCUCAACGCCGGUUAAGCAACCCAGCUUAGAGGCCAUGAAUAGCUUGGGGCUGCCAGAGCCACCACCAGCCGCACCAACGACCAACAGCCAAGAGGAACCACUGCUUCAGAAGCAUGAGAUUUAUGUGUCCAAUUCGUUGCAAGUGACCACCAGCAAUAGUAUACGUUUGGAUGAAGAUUUUCCCAGUGUCCUCAUACGCUUUAGUCAGCUGCAACAGCAAUCCAAAUCGUUGAACAAUAUUAGCGAGAUGCUCGGCACAAAUGGUGGGGCAAAUUCUGUUGGAAAUUGUGCAGAUUCUGAAGAUCCCACAAAUAGAAAUGCAGAUCCCCUGCAAUCGUCAGCUACCAAUUUGUUGCUGCAAGAUCAACAGCAGCGUCCUCUGAUGUACUCCUGUUCCAGCAGCAAUCUCAGUCAACUAAAGUCCAACACCGGCAACAAUGAUGUCGAUAAUGUACGUCUUCUUUCUGCUAGCCCCACCAAUGAGAGUGAUCUUAACUAUCAAAACUCAGAGAUUAGUAUACGUAGUCAUGGCCUCUAUGCGCCACAGGCCGAUAAUGAUCUAAAUCUAACAUUGACAGACGAUUUUCGUUGCUAUCAGUCGUCCAAUGCCAGCGAUGCCGAUGCCGAUAUGGAUGUUCUACAGGAAUUCGAUGAUGAAUUUGUGGCCACCAAUGGUGGUGAUAAACGAACAGAGCAUGACCAUCCUGAACAUGAUCAGGACACAUCCUUAGAUGAAUUAUAUGAGGCGAUCAAGUGUCGUAGUCCACUGAGAAGUAGUAAACAAGAGAAACUGACGACGGCGGGGCCAACUGUUGGAGAAAGGGAGAUUUUGAGCAUCAAUAAAGAGGAGACACCUAUUAAGAGCAGUCAUCAUCAACAACAGCAACAGCAACAUCUUCACCAUCAUCAUCAUCACCAUCAUCAGCAUCAACAUCAUGAUAAUCUCAACGAAACUGUCGAAGAUGACAGCAGUCAGAGCAGUGUGAUUUCAUACAUCGAUCCUAGAGCAACAAGCAGCACAAGCAACACCAACGAUUCUCGCAACUAUCCUAGUUAGCUGUCCUAAAAUAAGAUUUUUAAUACUGUAUAUAUAGUCACAUAUAGAAUCCAGGCCCGCCGUUUAUCUAAAUCAAUACUCCUCUGUCAUCCAAAGUUCGAUUUACAUCAUCCUCAUGCAGAGAAUUUAUAUAUUUUCUCUAUUUUACAUUUAUUUGGACUAGUAUUAUUAUUAUAAUUAAUACUUUGAUUUUUAAAUGCCUGCAUUUCAUUAUUUUUUUGUGUAUUCAAUUGAGAUUAUUUUGAAAUCCUCAAAUUUAAGUUAACUGCAUAUAUCCCAUCUGUUACCCUAAGAGCACAGGGUAUCCACAACAGAGUAAAAGUUAAGAAAAAUCAAAUUAGAAGAUAUAAGUUAGCUGAUUUCUUUAGUUCCUAGAUAUUAUUCACAUGAAUUAUAUUAUAUAUACACAUGCGCGGAAAGGGAAAGAGUCAUUGGGUAAAAAUUUAUCAACAAAAUGUGAAUGAAUUUGGUAUUUUUGAUAAAUUUUUGUUUCUACCUUUAAAGACUUCAUUCCCUUUCAACGUCAUGAUCUAAUCCAUACAUCGAUUUUAGCAUAGUUUUUAAUUUAACUGAAUAGAAUUUGAAUUUGACCGGCAUAUUUAUUGAUCUAUUAUUCAAAAAUGUUCUUGAAAUUCUGUAAAUUAUAUGAAUUAAUAUAUUAAAAACUCACCAUCAAGCUUUGACCAUGAAAACAAAAAACCAAGCAGUAAAAGAAAAAAAAAUUAAUAUAUCUGCGAAAGAACAAUUUUAUGAACAAAAUAAACAAGCAAUUUGUUGUUCUUUUUUUUUUCUUUUGUAAAAACAGAUUACAAAUAUUUAUUUCGAUUUAUAUAUAUAUAUAAUAUUUGAACACAGUUUUUGUAACAACUAUAUUUGCUGCCUGGAGGGCCCUUCCAUCAAGGAUCAAAAGGGCAUUCUACAGCAUAGUUUUGUAAUAAUAAAUAUUUGAUAAAUUUGUAGUUUGUA